AACUCUGUGUUGCCGGUUCAGCCACUUCGGUACAUCUCGGUGCCUGAUAGGUACUUCCCUAUUAGGAAGAAGAACAACAUCAUAUGGCAUGUUGCUCUGUGCACCUUCGUGCUGAAUCGGGUAUGCGAGUUGGUGAAGGAAGGGACGAUCGGAGUUCAGGUCUUCAGGAACCAUGACCUGAAAGCGAUUGUAGAGGUUGUUCUCAAGUUCACUGUCCAUGAAGUUGGUGUGGACUAUCUCUACAACCAUCUGAGGCACGGAGAGCAAGGUGGGUUCAUGUCUACAGGCUGGAAAUGCUUGAAGGCAUGCAUUGGGCGGAAAAGACAUCAACAAUCAUGAUCGACGAUGAUGCAUACUAUGCCCACCCCAAGACUCACCCUAGGGACACAGAUCUCAUCAACAAGCCCAUAGAGAACUAUGCUCAGAUGAAGAUGAUCUACGACAUGCGGGUUCCAGCUGCUCUGCUCACUCUCAAUGCGGUCCACCGUGCCCUGAGCCACCUCAUGGAUCACAAGACACAUGCGAACAUGUAUCUUGCGAUGACCCCUGCUGGCAGGAUGGACUGGUUCACUGCCUUCUUGAUGAAGUAUUACCUCUGAGGAGCCGAAGCAUUGUAAGCUUGUUCUCGUGCUUGUUCUACCGAUAAUGAUGAACAUCACAUCCAUGAUUUAUAUUUUGGGAGUAGCUAGGUUUGAUCUUAACUGAUGGUAAUUAUGUAUAUUUUGCGAGGUGGUAUGUCUGUAACCCCU